GGGUCCGUAUCUUUGCUUCGCGGCUUUCGGAGUUCAGUCUGUCACCGUCAGUAGAAUUUGAUCGUUUUCAUUCACGAGGGGAUGCCCAUAGGAGGUGAGGUUGAGAUUGCCAUAGUGUUUUGAUGAGGAUCUAUGCCACUUGUAGUGUAAAGCAGGGAUGAAAGGAUGCAAUUUCUAUAUACUAAGGGGAAGAAAUGUUUCCAUUGCUUUGAUUGUUGUUGGCCUUACAACUAUUCUACUUUGGGCUUGGGAAAAGAAUCCUUUUAUUACUACUCUCAUGUUGGCCCAAUAUCAGUUCAGAACUCCUUCAGAGUUUCUUGUGAAUGCAUCAAAUAAUUCCUCAGUUGCCGUGAGCCCAAAAUUGCAUAUAGAGCAAAACAAUGUGUCUAGGUUGACAAAAGAAACAAAAACAAUGGAAGAAAUUUCUACUGGUCCUCCACCUAUGAAGUCUGUAAUGAUGUUCACUUCUGAUGUUAGAGAUACUGAUCGGGGACAGGUCUCCAAAAAUGAAGACUGUAAUUAUGCCAAGGGUAGGUGGGUUGUAGACAACAGGCGGCCUUUAUAUUCUGGGUUUGGAUGCAAACAGUGGCUAUCUGCAAUGUGGGCAUGUAGACUGACGCAGAGAACAGAUUUCUCUUUUGAAAGAUAUCGGUGGCAGCCAAAAGAUUGUAAAAUGCAAGAGUUUGAGCGAUUCACAUUUUUGAAAAGAAUGCAGGACCAAACGAUUGCAUUUAUAGGAGACUCAUUGGGCAGGCAGCAGUUCCAGUCUAUGAUGUGUAUGGCUACUGGUGGAGAAGACAGUCCAGAAGUCGAAAAUGUUGGAUGGCAGUUUGGGCUUGUCAAACGUCGUGGAGCCAUACGUCCUGAUGGAUGGGCAUACCGGCUCCCAAAUACAAAUACUACCAUCUUAUAUUACUGGUCAGCAAGUCUGUCUGACCUAGUGCCUAUUAAUGCUACAAAUCCAAUCUCUGAUGUUGCCAUGCAUUUGGACCGUCCAGCAGCUUUCAUGAGACAAUUCCUUCAUCGGUUUGAUGUGUUAGUUCUCAACACAGGACACCAUUGGAAUAGAGGGAAGCUUACACAAAACCGUUGGGUCAUGCAUGUUCAUGGGACUCCUUACAAGGAUGGAGAACUUGCAGAUAUUAGAAAUGCCAAGAAUUUCACGGUCCAUAAUGUGGUCAGAUGGCUUGAUUCACAACUUCCUUUACACCCCCGACUUAAAGUUUUCUUUAGGACCAUUUCCCCAAGGCACUUCCUUAAUGGAGACUGGAACACUGGGGGUACGUGUAAUAAUACAACUCCCUUAACUAAAGGUAGCGAAGUCUUGCAAGAUGGAUCCAGUGAUUCGGUAGUUGAGGAUGCCGUUAAAGGUACGAAGAUAAAGAUAUUGGAUAUAACUGCCAUUUCUGUACUCAGAGAUGAAGCUCACAUGUCUGGAUACAGUAUUAGACCAACAAAUGGUAUGAAUGAUUGCUUGCAUUGGUGCCUACCGGGCGUUCCUGACACAUGGAACGAACUCCUCGUUGCACAAAUACAGUAUUUAAUGUGAAGAUAUAGAAACUGUAUCAGCCAUUCUCUUGGUCUAAAUGACCUCCUUUGUUUUAUCUUUUUCAUGAUAUUACAAAUUAAUUACUUAUUGAUUGGACCCAAUAGGCAAUUGACAUACUUG